AUGCCCGCCAGCAGCUGGAGCGAGGCCAAGGCGGCAGCCGUCGCCGUGAGCGUGUGCCGCCGUGUGGAGGAGAUCCACGCCAAGGGCCUGAUCCACAAGGACCUCAAGGCCGACAAUGUCAUGCUGCACAAGGCCCUCGACGUCUCCGUCAUCGACUUCGGCGCGGCCACGCCCGAGGGCGGCGUCGUUGGCUACGAAAACGACAGCAGCUUCAGGGGCGAGUAUUUGGCGCCGGAGCUUCUGAGCGGAGGAGCCAGCAGGCGUGCCUCCGACGCCUUCGCCGUCGGCUUCCUCCUUCGCCAAAUCCGGGACGCCAUGAAGAGGCCCUCCAAGAAGGCCAAGGCCUCCAGAGGGGCGCAGGAGAAGCUCACCAGCGCCAUCGAGGGGGCGCAGCGCACGGAGCCAGAGCUGCGCUUCACCCUCAGCGAGAUCGUGGCGCUGCUGAAGCCGCCCGCGAGGGGCGCGUCUUCGCAGUGA